ACGUGUUAGUCUGUCUGGGAACAUCUUUGCAUGUUCUAGUGUAGUUUACAAUACAACUGUUCUUUAGCUCCUGGAGGAAACAUUUUAUUUUACGCUAUAGAUAUAUUUUCCAAAAUGACUUGGUCUGUAAGCAGUUGUUUCAUCACUCUGGUCGUUUUGUUCCUUUGGCGGAUCGAAGACAUUGCAGAAGCUUGCAAAUGCGCUCCUGUGCAUCUUCAACAGGCUUUUUGCAACGCAGACAUCGUGAUCAGGGCGAAGGUGGUUGGUGUGGAAGUUGUGUCUGGUAAUACCAAGUAUGACAUCCAACAGAUCAAGAUGUUCAAAGGUCCUGACCGGGUUAUCCAUGCCAUCUACACUUCAUCCUCCUCAGCCUCGUGUGGUGUGACCCUGGAAAUCAACAAGGAGUAUCUCUUCACAGGCAGCCUAAAUACUGAUGGCAGGAUGCAUAUAGGCAUGUGUGACUUUAUUCGGUACUGGGACGACUUGACUGGCACACAAAAGAAGAGCUUGACUCAACGCUACCGAACCGGCUGUGCCUGCACGAUCAUCCCCUGCUCUUCCCUCCCCUGUCCCGUCAGCGCCCCAGAUGAGUGCCUUUGGACAGACUGGUUGUUGAACGAUGGCCAAAGCGGACCCCAGGCCAAGUACUCUGCCUGUCUCAUGAGUUUUGAUGGGUCCUGUAACUGGUACAGGGGGAUGGAUCCAUCCAAGAAGUAGUUCCUGGAUAUUGACUACUCCAUAAUAACUCUACAGGCCUUCCACUCACUGCUCAGUGGCUAAAUAUGCCUGAAAUUUAAAAGCUGGUCACUUGUGCAAUAAAAAUAAACUACUCCUCAAA